UGUGCAAUUCUAGAAUGUAUCUUGGUUGUGAUUGAGUUGCAUUUCAAACUGUCUCUUUGAGGAUAUAUGGUCAAUUUGGCCCUCGGUGUAUAAUAUCUGUUGAGAAGUUGAUUUUGUGUUAUUGAUUGAGUUCAAGGAUUUUAGUUCCUGGUGGCAGUUUACUGGACAUUUUUUAGCUCUCCUAGUUUUGUAGGGUAGGGUAACAAUCAGGGAGAAGUCGGAUUAGUUUUGUGGCUUCAGGAUGGAUCAUAGAAGUUUAAGGGAUGAGGAUGCUGAAGUUGAUAUUGAAAGUGGGUUGGCAGUAGCUGAAGAUGGUUCAAAGAAUGUCUCUACUCCAGGAAAGACACUAUUUGUUAAGAUUUCUUGUGGGCUUGUUGGAGAUUCUAUAAAAGAUGAAGAUAGGCAUAUUGCAUACGAUAAGGAAUCAAAUUUAAGUGGAGUUUCCAUGGAUGUGGUGAAAGUGACAAACAGGUUGUUGACGGGGCAAGACUCAGCAAAAUGUGCAGAGAAUACCCCAGUAAAGGAGAAACGUAAAAAGUCCAGUAAUAAAAAGGCUCCCAAACCUCCAAGACCUCCAAGAGCUCGAGCUUCAUCAUUGGAUGCAGCUGACCAAAAGUUAAUCAGGGAGAUCUCUGAACUUGCCAUGUUGAAGCGUGCAAGGAUAGAGCGCAUGAAAGCCUUGAAGAAGAUGAAAGCUGCUAAAUCGUCAUCGUCUUCCAGCAGCAGCAUGUUAGCCAUGGUUUUCACGGUGAUCUUCUGCAUUGUGAUAAUACUCCAAGGCAUGUCAUCUGGAAAAAGUCCAGUGGCAAGUUUUCAUGGAUCUCCUGUAUCUGCAGGAGGAGCAGAAGGUGGUUUGGUUGCAGCUCAACACCACCUCAACCCAUCUUCAAUUGACCUAAAUACACUUGUUUUAGAGUCUCACUAG